UCACCCCACACUCACCAUGCGCUCACCGGCAGUGAUCAACCGUGAGUUCUUCCAUAGAAUCUUGAUCCAAGCGUUACUUUGGACAGGGGAGUAAAACCCGACUAGGCAAGCAAGCUAGCUGGGAAGGCCCCAGGGAGAACUGAUUCACCUUGACUGCAGGCCAACAAAAAUAAACAUUGAGACAUUGACGAUGAUUUGUUGCCUCCUAAUCCCAUUCCUGGAGAUUUAGCCCACCAUGCUACGUGUUGACUAUGCUGUAGCUAUCCCGAGCUAGUAACUAGUGAUUCUAACCUUUUCAAUAAGAUUAGUGCAGUUUUGCAAGGAUGGUGUAUUUGAAUUGAGCAAUUUCUCUACCAUCACCGAGUAGAAAGUCGAAGAGCGAGAAAGGUAAACAAACAUCGUAGCGCUGAAAAUAGAAAGUAAUUAUUGGUUGAGCUCCCUGGAUUCUCGAGUCGCAUCUGGAAGCUUCUGCAAGUCCUCUUGCGUCCACGGAUACUAGUAAGAUUUUGUUGAAAAGCUGGAGCGUUGAGUGAGUAGGAAUGGCGGUGGCUCUGGACGCGCUAGUCGACUUGGCUGUCGGUACCAACCCGCAAUCACAAAUAAACGUGCACAAUCUGAACGACUUGCUUCAUUCUAUGGUACGUUGGUUAGCGGCCAGCGGGCAAGGUGGUUCGUCGGAGGCAGCCGCGAAGCUUCCUCCACUGCUCGACAGCAGUGGAGCGAUCCAUGGACAGAGCAGCAGCGGAACUGCUUCAGCAGUUGGUGGCAGUGGUACGUCCGAUGGUGCUACUGGUGAAGCCGGUAUAUCUGUUGGUGGAGGUAGUGGUGGAGGUAGUGAUGGUGCUGGCGCAGGGCCACCAUCAUCAUCAGCAGGCGGGGGUGCAGUAGGUCGUGAAGGUACUCCUGGUGGUGCAAUAGACUCUGGUGUCAACUCACCCUGGCUGUAUGCAUUAUCUGAAGGAGAGGUGCGUAGCAUGGAAAACAAGCUAAACACACUGGAAAGUCGUCUGGACACAUUGAAUUCCCUAGAUGAACUGCAGCGGAGGGCGGCCGAUGGGGCAACUCCACUAGCCGAUAUGUGGAACUUCUCUACCAUAACACGGCGACUGGAAGCAGCUGAAGCCGGAGUUGCUAAGGUGUGUGCCAUGAUGGACGAACUAGCCAAGGAGCUCAGUUCCAUGCGUCAAAGGAAUACUGAAUCAGACAAGAGGAGUGAAGAAAUGUCCAAGAGACUGUCAGACAUGUCAGAUGAACUAACACUACUCCAAGGCAGUGAUAGAGCCGAUUCAGGUGCUAGAAACAAACUGCAGGACAUAGCUGAUGAACUGAAUGCACUCAAGACUGAUGUGAAUGAAAACUUUGCAAAGUGUGAGGACUUGGAGGACCUAGUCACCUGGCAAGCACUGGAAGACUGCCUUAAGGCACGUAUUCCCGACCCUUCUACGGAAAAACCAACACUACAGCCAACCACCCGUCAAGAACGGGUGAAAAGUGCAAAGAAGGCAUCGCCAUCUCAUGAAGCCAUGGAGGCACUGCAGCAAGUCGGCGCUCUUACCGGCAAGCAUGAUUCGCUUGUUGGUAAUGUAACUGACUUGGAGAAUGCCCUGGCUGGCAAAUUGACGGCAGAGGACAUAGCCAACUUAGCACCCAAGGAGCACAUUGAACUUGUUGCUGACCUGCAGGCAAGAGUCCUUGCCCUGGAAGAUCAGAAAGGAGAGUUCUCUGCUCUAAAGGAACUAGUCGACCAGAUCAAGCAAACCACCGAUGAAGCGUCAGCUUUAGAUUCAGAGAAGUUGGCGAAUAUCUUGAACAGUCACAGUGCAAACGAGCAGCUGAUCAAGGACAUGGCCUCUCAGAUGGGAAUCCUACGCGACCAGCUCUCCGUUCUGGAGAAGACAGUGGAUGCCCUGCAGAAUGCGGCACUACAACAGACGGGCCCUCCACCCACUAUUGAUCCAGAGCUGAUCGAAGGCUUCCGCUCACAAGUCACCGGCAUGAAAGAUGAGCAGCAGUUGCUACAUGAUGCACUGAAGGAAUUACUGCGCGACGUGACUGAAAACAAGCAGCAUGUUCAGCAACUCUACCAAGGAGUGGAGAGUCUAGAGGGUAUGAAAGCAGACAAGGAGUUUGUUACCCUGGAAGUUGAAGAGAAAGCGGAUCGGCAGAGUCUGGAUGACAAAGCCAGCCGUGCCUGGGUUGAUAAUCACAUUCAUCAGCUCACAGCUGAGAUUCUGGAAGCAAAGGACAAGGUCUCUGGACAGGAUGAAAAGCUUCAAGGUGCUCUGGAUCGGUUGACAAAUGAUGUUGAUGGCAAACUGGACCGAUUGGAGCUGGAGCCACUCAAGGCAUAUCUAGAAAGCAAGAUUCCGAAGGGUGCCCCUGCUGUAGCUGGUGAUGGCGGUAAGGGCGAGGAGGGAGACUGGGAUGCAGCAGGAAUGAGACGAGCUCUGCUGAAAUUCCACUGCAUAUCCUGUGAUCGACCAGUACUUAUGAAAGCUGAUGGACCAGUGAACCCAUUGCCAGUGGCCGGCAGUAUGCGACCACAGAAGGUGGCAUUGCGACCAGCCAACAUUCAGGAGUUGGAGGCGAUGAGAGAGCAGCAAAGACGAUUUGUAAGUGGUCUGCAUAGCUAUCCGGCAUCAUCAUUCUUGCCAUCCCUUCGGAGCUGCGGUGGUGGUCAUACACUGACACAUCCAACCAGGCGGGCCCGUCUCAUUCCUCCCAUCACGAACGUCAUUGGACAGGAUGGAUUACCGCCGCCGCAAGCACCCCGAGCGGCUAACGAGAGUGAUGUCGUCGGACAGAAUGGACAGGUAUACCGAGGCCGCAUGGUUCCUAACUCCUCUUACCUACCGCAGUUAUACCAGCCACCCAAUGGUGCCAAGGGAGGUGCUCGCCGCUUUUCCAAGUCUGCCAAGAGUGCACGUAUAUCUCCUGGGAAGGAUGAUCAACGUCCCAUUAGUAGUAUGGACGUGACAGCGCAUUCCAUGAACGCGCCGUAGUACUGCUUACCCGUGUACACAACCUCAGACUUUGGAGUGUGUGAGUGUUCUUGAUUUCCCAUGCAGUGCAGGGCCGGGGGGAAAGCUGACUGGCACCUAGUUUCCAGUAUUCAGUGUCUUUGAGCCAGUCCAUUUCACUGUGUCUAGUCGUACAGCUUUGUACAGGCUGUGUGAGUCCCGGCAGUGUACAGUAUAGUUUGCAUUGUAACCAUACCCGCUGUCUCUAGUUUCUAGCGUUCCGGUACAGCAAUUUGAACAUACUAAAUUACCAACUUACCCACUUUGUUGUGCUCGCUCGCUCGGCACGGCAUUGUUCAUUUCUUCAAUGUGUAUUCUGCUUGAUUCACCUGUGUAGCUGUGCCGGGUGCAUGGAAUGAUGUCCACACAUGCUUAUACCCCCUCCACCCCCCCCCCCCCCAACCAUUAUCAACAGCGAAUGGAAUAAUCAGAAUUAGGUGCUAAGCCAGGCAGAUGUCUCGCUCCCUUGUACAUAGCUCAUUUCCGCAUUCUGGCAACUUUGACAGACUCAGUUUGUGUAUUUUAUUAUUCCAGUUUGGUGUACUAUUGUCAGCUUGCACAUAAUUAUUAUAAUGCAUUACGGUCUUACUGGCAACUAGCCAGUGCAUUCUAAUCAAAUGGAAAUUGGCUACUUUUAGCCGAUGUGAAUAUUGUGCAAUAUAACUAUUAUGUUAAAACCA